AUUCCAAAAUUGCAAAACCACCUCCAUUUCUACCUUUCCCUCUUACCUUUCCAAACAAAAAUCCACAAAGUGGAAUCCCAAUCUCAAUCCCCUUGAGCUCAUCGUCUGCCGUUCUCUCGAUUGGUGAAGCGUAAUCAAGCGAGGCGGUGGAUUACUCUUAAUCGAGUUAAUGACGACGAGCCAAGGAGGAGCAUCUUCGAGGAAGAGCGUGACGUUGACCAGCUCGGCUGCGCAGUCUAGGAAGAAAGCUGCCGCCGCCGCGGAGAAUGGCGAUGGUGGAACUGCGAAUUCGUCUAAUCCGCAACGCAAGUUUGUGUCUGCUUCCCGUUCCAUGGGAUUAUCAGGUGAAAGAACGGUAAAGCGUUUGAGGCUGUCAAAAGCGUUGACAGUGCCUGAAACUACAAACAUCAUCGAAGCAUGCCGUCGCAUGGCUGCCCGUAGGGUUGAUGCGUUGUUGCUGACAGAUUCAAAUGCUUUAUUGUGUGGAAUCCUAACAGAUAAGGAUAUAGCUACAAGAGUUAUAGCUCGUGAGACUAAUCUUGAGGAAACUCCAGUUUCCAAGAUUAUGACAAGGAACCCGAUCUUUGUGCUUUCCGACACCCUUGCUGUCGAAGCCUUACAAAAAAUGGUUCAAGGAAAGUUUAGACAUUUGCCGGUUGUUGAAAAUGGUGAGGUAAUUGCUAUAUUGGACAUAGCGAAAUGUUUGUAUGAUGCUAUUGCUCGUAUGGAGCGAGCAGCCGAGAAGGGAAAGGCUAUUGCAGCUGCUGUUGAGGGUGUGGAGAAACAUUGGGGGGCAGGAGUUUCUGGACAAAACACAUUCAUCGAGACACUUCGAGAGCGCAUGUUUAGACCUGCACUAUCCACCAUACUCUCGGAGAACUCAAAGCUUGUUACACUCGACCCAAGUGAAACUGUCCUUGCAGCUGCAAAGAAGAUGCUUGAAGUUCGAGCAAGCUGUGCCGUUGUCACUGUAGAAAAUAAACCACGGGGAAUACUAACUUCGAAAGACAUGCUGAUGAGAGUCAUAGCUCAGGAUCUUCCUUCGGAAUCCACUUUGGUGGAGAAGGUUAUGACCCCAAAUCCAGAAUGUGCAACAGUUGAUACACCUAUUGUCGAUGCUCUUCAUACAAUGCACGAUGGAAAAUUUCUGCAUCUUCCAGUCGUUGAUAAAGAUGGAGUGGUUGUAGCUGUUAUUGACGUGCUUCGUAUAACUCAAGCUGCCAUAGCCACUGUUGGUAGUACUGCUGGCGUCAAUACCGAGGCUGCAAACAUGAUGCUGCAAAAGUUCUGGGACUCUGCAAUGGAACUACCUCCCGAUGAUGAUGAUGAGACCCGAAGUGAAAAUUCCUUGAAGAUUUCCGAAGGAGAAGGCUCUCGAACGCUUCCCUAUCCCUCAUACUCCGCACCAAGUUCUUUCUCUUUCAAGAUUCAAGACAAGAAAGGAAGGAUGCAUCGAUUUCUCUGCGGUACACAGAGUAUGACGGACCUUAUAACCGCGAUCCUUCAGAGAGUAGGGAGCGAAAUCGAUCGAAACAAUCUUCCACAAAUCUUGUAUGAAGACGAGGACCACGACAAAGUUGUCCUUGCUUCCGAUUCCGAUCUCCGGGCAGCUGUCGACCAUGCCAGGCUGGCAGGCUGGAAGGGAUUGAAAUUGCACCUAGAGUAUUCAGGCUUGCCUGGAACUGGAAAGGAGCAUAACUCGACGAGCUUAGAAUAUGCACAGGCUGAUGCUUGGGCCUCGGCGUAUAGAACUGUUGCUGCCGGGGCUGCGCUGGUUGCCGGGUUAGGCGUGUUUGCGUUUUUGAGACGAGCCGGGAACUGAUUCCUGAUCGCGCCGCCGACUGGUUUUUGCAAGUUUUUGCAUUGAAUGCCCACUUUGAGGUACGUAUGUAUGUGUGGUUAUGUUGUGCUGUUUGGUUUUGUUUUGUUUUGGGAUCGAAGUCGAAAUUGAAAUUGGAAAUUUAAGAAAUGUGAAAAUUGAGAUCGAUGAUGACGAAAAAUUGAAGACAAUAUAUAUUAAUGUGGAGUAAGCUUAUGCUAUCUCUGUUAUAUAUAUUCAUUGUAUUGUAUUUGUAUUUGUAUUUGUAUUUUGUAUGAAUAAAGGAAGAAACUGAAGUGAUAGCACACUGGAUUGGAUGAAUGAAAAUUCCUUUUGUUCAGAA